AUGAACUUGUCGUACUUGGUAGCUUGUGGACUUAUGGUCACCCUGCUUUCAGUGAGGAUGGGGGCAAAACCUUUAUCUCAGGCACAGCAGAAGUCUCUUAGAAGUUUGCUGGGGGAGGAGCUGGCAGAGUUUCUGGAGUCGGAGGAGAGGGAGAGGCGGCUAGACGCUGUGCGCUCUCGGAUACGGUUACUGCGAGAUUUACGCAUGGACACCCGGGCCAGAGGGAUGUGGGCUCGGCUCCUUAACGACCAGCCCGGAUCCAGGAGACACAAAUCGGGAACCAAGAAAGGGGGGUCCACGACACGGAGUGGCUGCUUCGGACACAAGAUGGACAGGAUAGGAACCAUCAGUGGCAUGGGUUGCUAG